GGACCGGCGAUUCCGCUCCCAGACCCACGUUCCUUUGCCCCGCCCCGCCACCUCGCGUCAGCUUCCCGGAUCUUCCCACCCUUUGCGAGACCAACGAGAGGAUACCGCCUGCACCUAGAGCAACCCACCCGGGCGCAUAACAGAGUGGCGCGCGAACGUGAAAAGGAAGCUGUGCAAGGCUGUGGUUUCCUGCGCCCGAGCCGCUCUAGACGCGGGUGAGUGUCUACGCCGUGGUCCCCACCCAGAUCGCACCCCGGAGCAGCUGGACCACCACACACACCGGGAAAGGCCUGGGCCCUAGCUCAUUCCCAGCAUGCUCCACGCUGGCUGCCCGGACAGUUGCAAGGGGAGCGCUGGAAGGAGCUAGAGGUGGAGGCAUUCCCUUGGCCCCUCGCCGGGGUCUUGAGGUGACUAUUGAAAAAUGCUUUCUGAAAGCAGUUCAUUUUUGAAGGGUGUGAUGCUUGGAAGCAUUUUCUAUGCUUUGAUCACUGUGCUAGGACACAUUAAGAUUGGUCACAGAAAUAGAGUGCACCACCAUGAGCAUCAUCAUCUUCAAGCUCCUAAUAAAGAAGAGAUCUUGAAAAUUUCAGAGGAUGAACGCAUGGAGCUUAGCAGGAGCUUUCGUGUAUACUGCAUCAUCCUUGUGAAACCCAAAGAUGUGAGUCUUUGGGCUGCAGUGAAGGAGACUUGGACCAAACACUGUGACAAAGCAGAGUUCUUCAGUUCUGAAGAUGUUAAAGUGUUUGAGUCAAUUAAUAUGGAAACAAAUGACAUGUGGUUAAUGAUGAGAAAAGCUUAUAAAUAUGCCUUUGAUAAGUAUAGCGACCAAUACAACUGGUUCUUCCUUGCACGCCCCACUACAUUUGCUAUUAUUGAAAACCUAAAGUAUUUUUUGUUAAAAAAGGAUCCAUCACAGCCUUUCUACAUAGGCCACACUAUAAAAUCUGGAGACCUUGAAUAUGUGAGUGUGGAAGGAGGAAUUGUCUUAAGUGUAGAAUCAAUGAAAAGACUUAGCAGCCUUCUGAAUAUCUCUGAAAAGUGUCCUGAACAGGGAGGAAUGAUUUGGAAGAUAUCUGAAGAUAAGCAGCUAGCAGUCUGCCUCAAAUAUGCUGGAGUAUUUGCAGAAAAUGCAGAAGAUGCUGAAGGAAAAGAUGUAUUUAAUACCAAAUCUGUGGGGCUUUUUAUUAAAGAGGCAAUGACCAAUCACCCCAACCAGGUAGUAGAAGGAUGCUGUUCUGAUAUGGCCGUUACAUUUAAUGGACUGACUCCUAAUCAGAUGCAUGUGAUGAUGUACGGGGUCUACCGUCUUAGGGCAUUUGGACAUACUUUCAAUGAUGCUUUGAUUUUCUUACCUCCAAAUGGUUCUGACAAUGACUAAGAAGCAGAAAAAUAGCAUGUAUUUCAUCAACAUAUAAGACGUGUUGUAAUUAUUUGUGGUAAUGACUACAUAUAUACCAACAGAGAUAUAUUUUUUCUUUUCUAGUCUAAUGGCACUGGUAUAAUAACACAUUAAAGUUUAUUAGCUUAUUUUGUAAAUGAGGUGGUAUUUUUUUCCUUAAAACACAUAAGAAUG